ACGCCGUUUCGUUAAUGGCUGCCCGUGAAGGUGUAGAAUGAAAACGGUGAAAUUUUACUGAAAAAGUGCUCAAAAAAUGUGCUAGCAAAGCUACGCCAAGUGAAAAACUGUCCUUCCAACAGGCCCACGCACUGUUCAAGUGUUUUACAUCCGACCAAGCGACCACAGCGCACAGGAUAUACACACGCGUAUGCCAGUGAGCUGGUGGUGAAUUAAUGAUGGACGAGCUUUGAUUCGGCCAGCGGUAUUUGAUUGUUCCCCGAACCAUUCCCCGAAUAGCGAACGAUGGAUCCAAACGAGAACCACCAUUCGCAACCACCUCCACUUCCACCAGAUGGGUCCGGCCGAGGGGGAACAGGCACUGGCGGCGGUGCAACAUCGGCGGCAGCUGCAGCCGCCGCAGCCGCAGCCGCUGCUGCCGCGUACCAUCAUCAACAAUACUCUCAGAGCGCUUCCCAUCAUCUCGCGUCGUCGGGCUAUGCGGCCGCCAUGAUGGACCACCACCAUCAUCACCAGAUGAAGGAUCCGUACUAUCAUCAUCCACAUCAUCAUGGUCGGCACUACGCCGAUCCGUACGCCGCGAUGCAUCAUGGACAUGCCAGUCCGUACCACGCACCCACGCAUGGACCACCACCGCCAUCACCGUUGGGGACGAUCAAUCCGUUGCACUCGCAGCAUUCCUAUGGAGGCCACCAUUCGCACCAUGCGCAUCCGCACCAGAACCCGUACGGUGGCCAUCCGGCGUACCAUCAUCAGCCGACGGCAGCAUCAUACUCUGUACCCGGACCCCAAACGCAUCACCCGCAUCCGGGCCACCAUCAUUCCUCGUUGCUUCCACCCGCAGCCGGAGGACAGUAUUCCGCUAAUGCCAACCAAUCUCAACCUCAGUAUUCGACGGCGUACGGACAAACGACGGAUCAGCUGGCGCCCGGUGGUGGACACUAUGGCACCCAUCAGCACCCGCAUCAAUCCAGCAUACCUCAUGCCGGAAGUGGUGGAAGAGGUGCAUAUCGUGACGGGCAGGAUAUGCUGAUCAGUCAGCCCCAUCUGCAGCAACAUGAUCAUGGCAUCAUACCGACGGAUCCAUCCAUGGGAAGUGGUUCGUCCUCGUCCGCAAUGCUCCACCCUCCGACUGGCCCAACGGUUCCAACGGCAAGUGGUGGAAAGCGAAAAAUUGAAAUUCUUGACAACAUAUUAAUUAAGAAAUCGAAAAACACCUCCCUCGAUGGGCUGGGUGAUGGUGGCAGCGGUGUUGCGGUGGAAGGCGAAGGUAGACGAGAAGGAUCCGGAGGUCCUACUAGCAAUAUUAAUAGUAAUAGUAACAGCAGCAACAAUAAUACGAAUACUUUCGGAGCACCUUCCGCUACCGAUCCGCUCAUGAUCGGUGGUUCCGCUGGUGAAGGCACAAAAUCGUCGUUUCAGAUAUCGAACUUGCUCGACGAUAAAGGAAGCAGCGGUACGAAACAGUCACUUGCGGACGCGACAAUCGCACAUUAUCAAACAAACACGAGCUCCGAGCGAGUAGGUAGUAAAAAGUCGGAAACAUCCAGCAAAAAAUCUUCACAUCAGAAAACCCCGAAAGGGGGUGAUGCUGCGGGAUCGUCAAAGGCAGGUAGAGCAUCCGCGGCGGCCGCGGCGGCGGCAGCAGCAGCGGCAGCAGCUGCAACAGCAACAACGACGACAGCAAAUGCGAGUGGAUCUGAAACCGUUCCUGAACAACAACAGCAGCAGCAAUCGACACCGCAAAACAUGGACUUUGACAUCUCGGAAAAGCUGAAGGAAAUGGGAGAAAUAAGUGUGAAACCUGUCUCGAAGACGGAUGCCAAUGCGAAGACCCAACGCGGUCCCGCUGAUUUGGAGUGUGGCGAAGAGAUUUCGCUGGAAAUCACCAAAAAGGAUGCGGCCGCGUUGCGCAAGGUGACGAAUCUGCGCAAAAACAUCAAGGAGGUGAUGGACGAUAAUCAGCUCGAUGCGUCCACGCUGGCCGCCCAGCGGCAGGAGUUGGAACGGUUGGCGCGUGUGCAGGAGCAGCAGCGCAUCAUCCGGGAGAUCCAGCGGCAGAAUGCCCUCGAGCGACAGACGAACAAAACCGAACAGAAGGUGAUGCAGUUCCUGCAGGGGCACACUUCGAUUUUAAAAAUUCAACAACAGCAGCAGCAACAGCAAGGGCAACAACCGAGCACUUCCGGAGUGACACCCAGUGCUUCUGCGGCUACGGCAGAGACACCGGCCAGCUCCUCGACGGCACCGGUGCGCAUGGGGUAUGUGAAAAAUCCCUUCGAAACACGUGGUCGUCCGCCAAAGAAUCGUCAACUGCUGAUCACUUCAUCGUCGACGUCAUCGCCAUCAUCGCAGGCCGUGACACUUACGACGACCGCGAGUGUUACCCCAGCGACAACGAACCUAACACCCUCGGUGAGCAUUGCACCGGUGAAGGCGGCCAGUCAGGGCGCCGCGUCCACGUCGCUCAUCUCUUCCACGUUGGCUUCGAUUCCGGUACGCACGUUCGAGGAGAUGGUGGACAGCGAGGAGGAAUUCGAACCCGAAGAGGAGCUCGAGGAGGAGGAAGAAGACAGCGAGGGUGAAGUGAUCGCCCUUCCAGAGAAGAAAGAGAUAGUUACGAUCGACAGCUCGUCGGAUGACGACUGUAUUGUGCUGUCGGAUGACGACGAAGAGCCUGAAGACGAGUCGGAUGACGAUCCGCAGAACAGUGGGCUGCACGUGAACGACGCGUAUAACGUGCCGGACGAUCAGGGCCGUGUAGUGAUCAACGUGGGGCAUGCGGAUGGCGAAGAGGACAUCUUUUUGGCCCCGCAGAUAGCGCGCAUCAUCAAACCGCAUCAGAUCGGUGGGGUACGCUUCCUGUUCGACAACAUCAUCGAGUCGAUCGAGCGGUACGACUCGUCGACCGGCUUCGGGUGCAUUCUGGCGCACUCGAUGGGACUCGGCAAGACGCUUCAGUUAGUUUGCUUCUGUGAUAUAUUUUUAAGGCACACCAGCUCGAAAACGGUGCUCAUCAUUAUGCCCAUCAACACGCUGCAGAACUGGUUGAACGAGUUCAACACCUGGCUGCCAGAGGACGCCGAAGCGAGCCCGCUGCGCAAUCACGGCGAGGUGCGGCCGCGCAACUUCCGGAUACACAUCCUCAACGACAGCCACAAGACACUCAAGUCUCGCUCGAAGGUGGUGCUCGAGUGGGCCAAGAAUGGCGGUGUGCUGCUGAUCGGCUACGAGAUGUAUCGCUUGCUCAGCCAAAAGAAGAUGACGAAGACUAAGAAGAAGAAGAAGAAAAAGGGUGGCGUGGCGGGGCUGGCGGGUGCCCUCGAGCCAGAGGAAGAAUCGAAGGAGUCGACCGAGGAGCAGCGCACGAUGUUCGACGACAUACACGAGGCGUUAGUGAAGCCUGGCCCCGACCUGGUGGUGUGUGACGAGGGUCACCGGAUUAAGAACUCGCAUGCCAGCAUCUCGGUAGCGCUGAAGCAGAUUAAAUCGAAGCGGCGCGUCGUGUUGACGGGCUAUCCGCUGCAAAAUAACCUGCUCGAGUACUGGUGCAUGGUGGACUUUGUGCGCCCGAACUAUCUAGGCACGAAGACGGAGUUUAGCAACAUGUUCGAGCGGCCAAUUCAGAACGGACAGUGUAUCGACUCAACGCCGCAGGACAUCAAACUGAUGCGCUACCGGGCACACGUGCUGCACUCGCUGCUACUCGGCUUUGUCCAGCGGCGGUCUCACUCCGUGCUGCAGACGUCACUUCCGCAGAAGGAAGAGUACGUGCUGCAGAUCCGCAUGACCGAGUUCCAGCGCAAGCUGUACAGCGUGUUCAUGAACGAAGUCGUACGCACCAAGGCCGUCCCAAACCCGCUGAAGGCGUUCGCCGUCUGUUGCAAGAUCUGGAACCAUCCCGAUGUGCUGUACAACUUCCUCAAGCAGAGCGAACGCGAUCUCGAUCUUGAGCUGGAGGAACCGGAAACCCCUACACCGCUGAAACCAGGUGAAACCACUCCUAAUACUCUUCCAGGGAGCACCGCGGUAACGCCAGGGGCUCCUCCUACACCGAUGGAAAUCGAUCCCAGUGCGGAAACGUCGCUCCCAACACCAUCAUCGAUAGCGCCAAUCCCUCCGCCGCCCGGGAAACCAGGGCGCAAGAACGCCGCCACACCGAAACCCGCAAAGCCACUGGCACUCAAAAAGGAUGGAACACCGCGCAAACCGAGGACACCGAAAAAGGCGGCCUUAAACAACAAAUCGCAGGCCGUUGGAAAGGAUGGCAAAAUUGUACCUGCCGCCACGAUCAGUCCGAGUAAUUUAUCCGCGACAGCCGCGAAGGAUCCAUCCAUGACGACGCCAAUGCUAAUGGAUACAGCGUCGUCCAUUGCCCCGCCGUACCCGAAGGCGCUUGAUAGCGAGUACCCCGACCGGAGCGGAGUGAAACAGGAACAACCGAGUGCCCAUAUGUAUCCGCAUGGUGGGGCACAGUUUACUCCCGGUGAGCCACCGUAUCCUGGAACCGGGACCUACUCUGGAAGCGGUUACCAAAGCUACGGCGGUCCGUACGGUAACCAAGGCUCAUCGAUGGGUAUGAACAUGGUGGGCCAGCCGGAACAAUCGGGGAAUGUGUACGGUGGUGCUUACGGAGCGACCGGUCAGGACCCUUACAAUAGCUACGGUAGCAAUUACUACCGAAGCGAUUACAAUUCAUCGUAUCGCGGUUACGGUAGCGGGACUGGCGGGACUGGAUACGAUCAGCAAAACUAUCAGUACAACAACGCGACGAACGCUUCUGAGGGAGGAUUAGGUGGAAGUAAUCCUUACCCGGAAAAUGGUGGCACCGGAACAGACGGCUCUAGUCUGCAACAAGCCAACAACUAUUGGGGAGGAAACACGUCCGGUGAUAAUGCUGCAACGAAUGCCUACUACGAUCAGCAACAGCAACAGCAACAACAGGGAUCGGUAAACAGUGUAUCCAAUAGGGUUGGAAGUGGCGUCAAUCCGUCAAUGCCCUAUUCCGGCUACGAGGGGAUUUACGGUGGAACAAACGGUACGAGUGCGCCACCAGAACAGCAGCAGUUAGCUGGAAACACCGGAAACGAGAGUGGUUCAGCUUCUAUGUACGGCUACGAUGGUCAACAGUCGGGUGCUAGCACCGACCCCACUAAUUCGACAUCAUUUCCUAGCUACGAUUCUGCGUCGACCGUUACGGAUGGUCAACCUAAGUGGGAUGCUUCGCAGACGGCCAACAGUGCCGCUGUUGUUCCGCCCGCUAUUGACGCUCCUGGUCCAGUAGAGAGCGUAUCAGUUCCCAUGGACGAUAUACAAACAGCAGCUGCUUGCAAUGAGGUUCCUAAAGUAGAAGAACAAUUCGGUACAACGACUGAUAUCGCACCGGCUGUUGCAGAACCACUGACGGUACCUUCUACGACGGAUGUUACCAACGUACCAACAACGACUUCCGGUGAGGCGCUAGUCAGCGAUAGUUUUCCGCAUGAUGCCGCUACCAUCACCCAAGAGCAAGCGAAUGCCCAGUAUGCCAACCAGCCAUCCCUGGAAGACCUAAACGAUCCCGUGAAGCCCGAUCUGUCUGGCGAGAAACCGUCGGAAAUGGUUGUCAUGGAUACGAAAGAGACCAGUAGCAAGGAUACGCAGGAGGCCAUGGUAGAAACCGUAAAGCAGGAGAUUAAACAGGAAGAGGAGGAGGUCGUUGCGGAGAAGACCGGCAAUGUGAAGGAAGAAGACCAGCUGAAGGAGGAGAUUGCCUUGAAAAAGGAAAACGAAGAAGAGAAGCUAGCGGAGAAUGGUGAGCAGAAAGCGAUCAAGAAUGAAAUUAAGGAGGAAGGUGGUGACGUCGUUACGAAUGGUGGAGAACCGUUUGGCGACGUGAAACCGAAGACGGAAGGAGAGGUCACCGAAGAGGGCACCGCUGUAUCGAUCAAGAAGGAAGAGCCAGAAGUAUGUGUGAAAAGUGAAGAGGAAAGCGCCACCAUCGUUGCUGCAAAGAAAGAAUCUGAUGAUGUGAUCAAACCGAUCGAGGAGGUGGUGAAAAAUGGUGAUGAAGUAGAUUUGAAGCAACCGACUGGGGUUACCCUACUGAAGGAUGUCAUUGAGGAGGGGGAGAUCGUGGAGCUACCGGUGGCGAAAAAAGAACCGGCGGACGGUGAUGAUAAGGCAUCGGAGAAGAAGGAGCCCGCCGUCGAGGAGAUGGAAAAAGGUGCGAACGAUUUGAAAAACGAGGAAACGCCUAAGGAAGAAGAUGUGAAGGAAGGAACGGAAGCUCAAGAUAAAGACAAGGAUUCCUCAACGACGACGGUAGCAGGGGUUGCAUCGGCGACGAUUGGUGGAAAGGAGGUGAAAGGGAAGGAAUCAAAGGAUGAAAUCCCGUACGAGUGGGCUUUCGAACUGAUGAAGGGGUACGUUCCGGAUUUGCUGGAAAAUUCGCCAAAGAUGGAGAUCUUUUUCUGCAUCCUGGAGGAGAGUAUAAAACUGGGCGAUCGGUUGUUGGUGUUUAGUCAAAGCCUGCUUACACUCAAUCUAAUCGAGCGAUUCCUGCAACGCAACAAAAUACCAGGCACAGAACAUUUCUGGUGCAAAAAUAGUAACUAUUUUCGGCUGGAUGGUUCAACGGUGGCUCAGGAUCGAGAGAAGCUGAUAAACGAGUUCAACUCAAACCCAAACAUUCACCUGUUCCUCGUUUCGACCCGCGCUGGCUCGCUGGGCAUAAACCUGGUCGGUGCGAACCGGGUUGUCGUAUUCGAUGCCAGCUGGAACCCUUGCCACGAUACGCAGGCCGUCUGCCGCGUAUACCGGUACGGCCAGAAGAAGCCUUGCUUCGUGUACCGGCUCGUGAUGGACAACUGUCUGGAGAAGAAAAUCUACGACCGGCAGAUCAACAAGCAGGGCAUGUCCGAUCGCAUCGUGGACGAGUGUAACCCAGACGCGCACCUUUCGAUGAAGGAGAUCACCAGCCUGUGCUACGACGAUGGAGAAGAUGGCGAGAUAAAGGAUUACAGCGAGGACAAGGACAAAUUCAUCGACAUCGUGAUGCAGCAUCUGCUGGGGCUGCACUCGAAGAAGCUCACCAAGGCCCCGUUCGCACACGAAAGUCUGCUGAUCGAUCGGAAGGAGAAAAAACUAUCGUCGGCGGAGAAACGGCAGGCCAAGCGUGGCUAUGAGCUGGAAAAACAAGCUGCCACCAAGCCAACCUACUCGUACUCGUCCAUGGGAACGACCUACCGUGCGAUUCGAACGUCCGACGGUUCCAUCAUACAUCGACCCGUUGCCUCGGUUCGUCCCAUGCAGGCGGGUGAUGCGAAUAAAAACUCGGUCGUCGGUACGCGUCCCACGCGAUGGAUACCGGCCGAAGUAUGGCAGAGGCAGGGCAUGACGGCGCAAGAAAUGACACUCCCCAUCGAUGUCGUAAUUCCGACAAGCUCUGCGGACAAAUCCAACAUUGUGCUGAAGGCGGGUCAGAAGGUGAUGGUUCUAAAAUCCCCCAAAGGAAUCUAUAUGCAGCUGGAAAGUGGUAAAAUCAUUGCCAUCCGCACUGCGUUCAAGGUAGGCCAAAGUAAGGACGCAAGUGUACCACCGAAGGGAGUCGCCACAAGCACCCCCUCCACCACCGGCAUUCGACGGGCGGGGAAUUUGUCGUUCAGUACGGCAAAGGCGUCCACCACGUUGUUACUUUCCAAGAAUGGUGGGGGAAGUGCGGGGAGUAGCAGUGGUGCUGGCAGUGCGGCGGACUUUUCCGAGGCUAACUCACUAAGCAUCGCGUCCAACUCGGAUGAUGAUGAAAAAUCGAACUCGAGCAUACUUCCGCUGACGAUCAACGACGAUGGCGACAGCGAGAAGGAAACGAUGAGCGUGGACGACUACCCGGAUAAGCCAAUGCUGGUGGGCCUGAAGAAGGACGGAGCAGACGGAGCUGUGGAGCACAUCGUGAACGAAAAGACUGACACGAUCAUGAGCAGUGCGAGCAGUACGAGCAGCGGAAGCAGUGGUAGCGGUGUCCUCGCGAUGCCGAAGACGGCGACGUUCAUGAAUUCAUCCCACUCGAAGUUGGCCGGAACAGCCGGGGAGCCACAACCGACGGGUGACAAUAAAUUCCCCACUCUUCAUUCAAAUUACUCGCACGCCGCAACCACCAGCCCAUCGGUGCCGCAACCGACCGCCACCGUGACGAUCGAUGACGAUUCGCCUCCGCUGAGAGAAAAGCUGAACUACAAACCGAACCUGGUGGAGCGCAAAACGAAGGCGUCCCCGUCGUCGUUGAAAAACUAUCGUCAUAAGGCGAGUAAGGUGCAAGAAGUUGCCACCCCUACGACGAUCCCUUCGGUGUCGGCGACCACUACGACAACGACCACCACUGUAAUCCCUACGACGACAACGACCACCAGUGGAAUGGUGUCCAGCAUGAAUCACACCACAACUGUCGCGUCGACGAAGCUGAACGAGCUACCAACCCCGCCAGGGGUGCAGGAAAGCUCGGCGGCCGUCGGGAGCUAUAAUACGCCGCCGAAUCAAGGCACCAAAGCAAACACCGGCAAAGGCAUGCAGCAACCGACGAUGAUGGGAAAUGAAUCGCUUCUGAAUAAAUCGGCCAUCGGGAACACAACUCCGAUGUCUCAAAUUUCGUCGCAAGCCGGCAUGGACUCGUUCCCGAAUCAACCGAUGGGAGCUGGAGGCUAUUCAAAUGGUUCACGACCCUCGGGCAAACAUCCCACGGCCACCGACACCUCGACAGCCGUCACACAUACUCCGUAUGCUGCGGGUCAAACUGCGCAAGCGAACUAUGGCAAAGGCCCAAUGGCUCAGACUCAAAUGCUUCAGCCGCACGCGCAACACCAUUCGUCGGCUACACCCUACAACAACAGCAGUUCCAUGGGACAGGGCGCUGCUGGAGGUGGUAAGCAACACUCCUGGAUGCCGUACGGCUCCGCUUCGUCUAGUAGCAACUCGAUGACAUCUCCUGUCGCUGCUUACGGACAACAAUUGCCACCCCAUCAUCAGCCAAGCAUGCAUCCUCAACAUCACCCGCAAGGUGGAAGCUACCCCUCGCAGCAGCACCAGCAGCAGCAGCAUCAUCUUCACCAAGUCCCAAGCGUGGGUCACCAAAUGGGGCAGCAUCGGUCUCCGCAUCAGACGCACCAUCAUUUGCUUCACCAUCAGCAACAGCAGCCCACGCCACCGGUCGCUCCACCGUACGAGUCUAGCCUCAACUUCCUGGAGAAGACGACGUCCGCGUUGAUAAACAAUCAGAACCAAAGCGAAUUCCAGGCUUCGCUGAGCAGCAUCACCCGGUCGCCGACGCCGACCGAUGCGUUCAUCGACUACAACCCGAAGCCGCCGUCGACGACGGCUAAAAAGGCGGGCGCGAAGGCCAAGGCACCGAAACAGCCCAAAAACGACUACAGUGCGGCCAAGAAGGCACUGAACAAGCGAAACAAUCCGUCACCGUACACGCACAUCUCCUCGUCGUCGGCGUCCUCCUCUCCGUCCGCGUCGCCCGCAGUGCUGAAUCACAAUACCAACGCACAAAACGCAAGCGGCAGCCUUCCGCCCGUUCCGAUCGGUGGUGGUGCGGUCGGUGCCGCCUAUCCAAACUAUCAACCACAAGCUGGAGGUGCUCCGAUAGCGACGGCGGCACCACUUCCCCCGUCCUCCAACACGACGGCCACGGGAGUGAACCCUCCUCCUCCUCCUCCGACCAUGGGCGCUUAUUACGAUCAGUACGGGCAACCGAUAAAUCACCACCACCAUCAGCAGCAGCAGCAGCAACUGGGUGUUUCGGGAUACGGACACACUGGUGGCCCAUCGAUGCUUGGCGUGACGACACCUACCACCACCACCACCGCCCCCGCCACCAUGUCACAACAGUCAUCCGGAUAUGGUAACGCUCCCGUUUCUUCAUUUGCAGCAUGGAGUGAUGAUGAUCUAGGAUUAGGAGAGCAAAACCCAUUUGCUUACGAAUGGCAUUUUCAACAGUAGAAAUUUAGAGAGUUUCGUCUGCGUGUACGUGUUAGGUACAAUUUCGAUGGUACAUUGGAGGAUCAAUUGAGGCUCUUGAAUUAUCCCACAUUACAAUGUGGAAUGUAUGUGUAGAAUUAAAGCAUUGCUGACACGCUAAGAUUCAGUCAUAAGUUGAGAAUUUCUAUCGAUGCCUGAAUAUGAAAUGAAGAUCAUAAAAAAUGUUAAAACAUAGUAGCAGAAGCAGCAGUGCAGAAUUAAAUAUUCAAAGCCUACUUUAUAAGUACAACUGUUCAAGCAAAGAUUGUUUCUCGUCUUUGUUGUCGAAAUGAGGUUUCAGCAUAAGAUUUUAAGCAUUAUAUUCUGCAACCAGUGUUUGCAUACGCUUAAUUUAAUUGACUUGAACGUUGAAUAAUAAGGAGAUCAAAUAUUCGGUAUUGUUGAGCAAAGUUGCUUUCAUGUUUCCAACAGCGAGACACAAGCAUUUUAAGUUUCUGCUUAUGAAACGUGUUAAGAUUUUCUUAAGGUUUAAGGAAGUGAGGUUUAUAAAUGAUAAAUCAUAAACUUUCGCAUCUUACCAA